UUCCCAUCACUAACUCACCCCUAGGCUAAGCGGUCACGCAACGAUACUUGCAUUGGUUUCUUUUUGAACGAAGCCAAUAGAUAAUAGUGCCUUAACCAGUGAUAUCAAGCCAGAAUGUAGUGCUGGAAAUGUAGGAUUGUCUACCGUCGUUCUGUCGUUAAGUACGUUUUUCACCAACACCUCGCAGGAAGAACUUGUUGGAUCUCGGGAGAGAUAUCGUAUCAUUAUUCCCAACGAAUGCAUAUCCAGUAUAUGAAUGGUGUCAACCGAUAUCAUAUUGUUGCGAUGAGCACGAUGCAACCCAUUCACCUCAAUCGGUUAGAGGUACAAGAGACUCUGCUACCCAGACAUCAUCUGAAUGUGAUAAUUUAGUCGAGUGGCGAAGAGAACGAUCCGAACCUGAAAGAGAAGUACAAGCGAAAUCACUGGAACGGGUCCCGGGAACAUUACGUACAUCUCACAGGCAAAAUCAACAAGAAUAUGCUGAACAACAGUAAAAACAGUACGAUUUGCUUCCACUCUUCCCACAACUGAAAAACACGUUCCACUUGAAAGUGACUGGGAAUAUCGAGAUAUAGCCUCAAGACAGAUAAGUUGUGAUCAAUAUAUUAUAGGAACGGAAAAGCAAAUAAACACACAUGGGCUGGCUUCCAUUAAACUGUUGUACCAGGAACUUAUAACCUGCUCUACUCCAGUGUGCUCUUACUGGUUUUCGGACAGCGACCAAAUUAAAAAGGUUAAUCGAUCUUUUCAAGAAGUAUUGACAGUCAGUAAACAAAAUUCACUAGCGUCUUCGGUUUCUGACAAUUCGUAUAUUUUGCGCAGAGACUCUUAUAUUUAAAUAACUCUACCUGUUUGGCAAAAGCUUGCAUUUAAGUUUCCCAGUGCCUCAAAAGUUAUUGUUACGAGCGAAUGGUUGCGAAUAUUGCAAUGAAUACCUCCCUUGAUGACCAUGGAAGAAAGGUCAUCAUUGAAUUUUGCCAUCUUCUCGAGAAAUCGAAACAGUUAUUUAACGGUUUAAGAGAACUUCCCCAAUACGGGCACAAACAAUGGCACUCACAUUUUGGGCGAACGUUCGACGUGUAUACCAAACUUUGGAAGUUUCAACAGCAACACCGCGCUAUUCUUGACAGCAAAUAUGGUCUCAAACGGUGGCAAAUUGGGGAGAUUGCUUCCAAAAUUGGUCAACUCUAUUAUCACUUCUACCUUAGAACAAGUGAGACCGCGUAUCUCAAUGAAGCGUUUUCAUUUUACUACGCCAUAAGAGGACGGUGCUACUAUACAAAAGCGUGCAAAGAAGAUAAAUGUGAAUUGAUGGUCAAAAAAUUAAGAUAUUAUGCAAGGUUUAUUGUAGUAUGUUUGCUUCUCAAGAAAAUUAAAUUAGUACGAGAGUUGAUUAAGGAGUUAGAUAGACAAAUAAUUGAAUAUGGGAACACGUAUGACCCAGAUGACCAAAUGGAGUGGACGGUUGUCGUAGACGAGGUAAAAGCUUUUAUUCAAGCGGAACCGGUCAUAUCGGUUAUACAUCCCGAUAACCAUCCCGUGAUCCUUUCCCACAGGCUCAGCAGUCUGACUACCCCGCCUGUAGAAAGAUCACCUCAAAUGACUCUGUCUCUUCAAGAAGUUUUGAUAAUAGGAAGUAGUUCACUGCAAGCCAAGUUUUCUGAACUCACCAUAGAUAUGUUCCGAAUGCUUCAAACACUCGAGAGAGAACCGUCGGGGCAGCCACAACACAUGUACGAUGACUCGCCGCGGCAACGAUUCAUUUCAAAUCCUACACUGCCUACAAGUAAAGGAUACAAUUUGGAGAAUGGCCCGCGACGUGACAGCCCUCACAAAUAUCUACUAUUCAAGCCAUCGCCAAGCCAAGUGCUAGUGUACCUGGCAAGUGGCUGCAACGAUCUGCCUCCUAGCGGCGCUCUGCUGUUGUACAUCUCUGCAGAUGGGCAGAUAGUCCCAGCCUCAAAGCACCCUGAACAAAUGGGUUACGAGGUCGGUGGGCUUAUCACGACCUCUCGAAGUGACAUUCACAGGGACUGUGUGAAAGAACCAAAAAUCACGGCCGCCGGCGUGUCGGCCCCCAAAUACAAGGAGCAGCAAUGCUUGCACCCCGGGGACCUGUACCCCUUCACGCGGAGGCCGUUGUUCAUCAUUAUCGACUCAGACAACUCCUGCGUGUUCCAACACAUACCGCGUCACUUUGGACAACCUCUUGUUAUCUUAAUGUCGCCUUUAGAUGUCCCACAGCCGUUUCAAGAAAACAAACAGCAGGGCAACCUUUUCACAAUUUUCCUAACAACACCGUUGACUGCCUUCGCGUACAUCUGCGACAUACACACCAUGUCGUUAAACCACUGGGAUCGGGCUCAGAGCUUCGUUGACACAUUCAUGGCUGAAGCAUCACAGGUUGUGACCAGAAGUCGCAUCGACAUAAUGUACAUAAUGUUCAUGGGCGAUGAUUAUCUGAGGCUCCUGCUGCUCCGUUUUGUGUUCUGCGAAGUGACGUUGCGACUGCACCGGGGCUUCCGCUCCCGCACGCAACUCACGCGUGCCUCGCCGCCUCUGCCCGAGGAGAUACUCGACCAUCCCACGCUAGUACAAAUUGUGCUAGACCUGGCUAUGAAUUUACAGGCCCGCGGCCAUUUCCACGAUCCCGGGAGCGCAGGACCGUCGCAGGGCAAGGAUUGAUCCAGGGUAUCUUCCGUUACAUUCGCCAAGCAGUGAAUAUUUCCACAAUCCCGGAAGCGCCGCACCGUCGCAGGGC